AUGAUGUCAUCUUCUGUAACCAACAUGGACGUGGAAGUGGAAAAUGAAGUUGAAAUGGUGGAAAAGCAUAGUAUAAAUGUAGAUAGUGAAGAACAAGCGAGAGAGAAAAAAAAUAAUCGUAAGCGAGGCAGUGUAAGAGAGCGAAACUCGUCGUUAAAACUACAGCAGCAAAAAUAUGUAUUAACUCAUGGGAUUCGUCCAGGAGGAAGGCAUUUAUAUUCUUCUGCAACUUAUGCUGGACGUCAUAAAAUACCUAUGCAGUGUCUUAGAAUGCCUAUGCGUUUCCGAUGUUUUCCACCGCAAAAAUUUGGUUUUUUCAAUGAAGCAGCACCGUCAGUACAUCCCGGCCAUCCAGGAUCAGAAAGAAUUGCAGAAGCGCAUUUACGAGAAUCUACCGAAGCAGCGUUUGAGAAUGGAAGAUCGGACAUUAACAUUUUUUUGCAUCUGUUUCUGCUUAUAAUUGAUAUAAUACUUGAAAUGAGGAUGUCAUAUGGCACGGAAUGGAACCCAACUCUAGCUUUUUUCUUAUCACAUAAAGAAAAGAUUAUUUUAGAAACAGGUACCGAGUCAGAUUCAGAACAAAAACUUUCGCGGUUGAUGCCUAUUCUGAAUCGUGACGGUUCUAAAUUAUGCAAUAAACCAUUUCCUGAAGUGGGGAAUAUCAACUCACCAGUUAUGAGUGAUAAACAAGUGGGAAUGAAUGAAUUGUUUGCUGAAAUGAUCCGGAAAAAGUUAGAUAUGAUUCAAAGUCCUAUCCGUCUAAAUCGUUUGCAUACUGAAAUUAUGAAUAUACUGCAACAAGCUAUUGCCGAAGAGAUAAAUAAGCCUAGAAUAUCUGAAAUGGAUAAAAAUGAUGGUCUAUGA